AACCGCCGGGCGGGCGGGCCGCACCUGGCCCCGCCGCUGCCCUCCCGGGGGCGGGGAACCGAGUCCCGGCCCCGGAGCGCAGCGGAGCCGCGCAGGCAGGGGCGGGCAUGAGCGCCGGGCCCUGACCGGAGCGGAGCGGAGCGUCGCGCCGCCGCCGCCCGGGGCGGGGGAAGAUGGGGAACUGCCUCAAGUCCCCCACGUCGGACGACAUCUCCCUGCUGCACGAGUCGCAGUCGGACCGGGCCAGCUACGGCGACGGCGCCGAGCCGGACCAGGAGCCGCCGCCGCCAUAUCAGGAGCAGGUCCCAGUUCCUGUUUACCAUCCAACUCCUAGCCAGACCCGGCUAGCAACGCAGCUGACAGAAGAGGAACAGAUUAGAAUAGCGCAAAGGAUAGGCCUUAUCCAGCACCUGCCUAAGGGAGUCUAUGAUCCUGGAAGAGAUGGCUCUGAAAAAAAGAUCAGAGAGUGUGUGAUCUGUAUGAUGGACUUUGUUUAUGGGGACCCUAUCCGAUUCCUGCCAUGCAUGCACAUUUACCACCUGGACUGUAUAGAUGACUGGUUGAUGAGAUCCUUUACGUGCCCCUCCUGCAUGGAGCCAGUGGAUGCAGCACUGCUUUCGUCAUAUGAGACUAACUGAGCCAGGGUUUAUCCUCUGACCCGUCAAGGAAACCAUCCAUUUUAAUGGGUUUGAUCCUUUGUCAUUCAGCCCCAAAGAGCCAGGGAUUAGGAAUUAAGAUCAUGCACAAAAAAAGUACAUUUCCUAAAAAUUCCUGAAAGGCUGCAAACAUUGGAGAAAUGCAUAAUAUUUUAGAGACUAUAGAAAAAGUAGGAAGUUAUUUUUAUGUAAAGCCUUGACCCACUCCUAAAAAAUAUAAUGAUCUUCUAACGCCUGUUCUUACACCCAUAUAUAGGAAUUGUGUAAAGUGUUACAGCAGCUAAAAGUGUUUAAAUUGCCUGUAUCAGAUUUUAUUAGAAGUGAGAUAAGGGUUGUUUUUUUCCCCUUAAAUAAAGUAAUAGUUUUUGCUCUCAUUCUAUUCACAAUCUCCUGGAAUCUGGGUCAAGGCUUUAUUAAAAACUACAUUUUAUAACACUGGCACAAAGAAAUAGUUUUAAGCUUGUUUGCACAGUUCUUUUUUUUUCCAUUGGAAAUGGAAUCCAUUGCCUUAGGUCUUUUUAAUAGUGUAUUGUUAUUGUUGGGCUGGCUCUACGCUUGAAAACCAGUUUAUUUAUAACCUGUUAAAAGUGCUAUAUUUUGUUUGCAGUUAGGAUUAUGCAGAAUUCAAAGUGAUUUCCUAGCUUGUAAGCAAACUGAGAUGCACUAUCCAUUUUCUAUAAGCGAUGGUUUCAUGUGAGGAUGCUAAACCAGUCUGAUAGUAUUUUUUUUUUCUCUUUUUCCCUAAUUUGCUUCAGGUUCGAUCAGACCAUGAUCCUUAAACUUAAGUAUACUUUGAGUAUCUACAUUUUGAUUUACCAACUUGAAGGUGGACACCUGUGCUUAAAGACAUGAUGAUAAUGUAGCUAUAAAGUAAUCCAGAACACUAUGUCCCAUUUUCAAAAUAUAAUGUCACUGUUGAAUAUCACCGCCCCCACCUUUCCCUUCAUUCUCCUAUAAAAUACUUGUCUUGGGUGAUAGUAAAAGGAUACUGCAUCUCUUAUUCCUGUAGUUCUUCUUAGGUUAUCAAAAUUAAGAAUAAACAUACUGUAUCUUGGUCUCUGUAUGAAAUGUAUCUGUUAAGUCCUGCUGGCUGACAUUUGUCUACCAAGCAGAUAUGAAACCAGAUAUAAGAAAACUGUAUUUUGUUUUGCACACGAAUACAAAAUUCAUAUAGACACAGAAGUUCAUAGCGGUGAUCAAGGAGAAAAAGUACAGCUGAAGUAAGAGUGAUACAAAUAUCUACAUUUCUGAAGCAAAAAGGUAUGUGGUUGGUAGAGACAGUCUAGCAAAGAUUGUAGCUGUAAAUGUUUUUAUCCAUUUAGCACGUGUUUAUUUUUCUUAAAUGUACUCUACUGUGACUUUUAUACAUUUGAUGUAAAGCUGAUACAUGGAGAAGUCUUAGUCCUGUAAAAUGAGAUGCAGCCUCAAGUUAACCGCAAAAAAUCAGGGAACGUUCUUGAUUGUUUUGCGUAUACCAUUUUGAGCCCUUGAUCCAACCAUUUGUAUUUAAACACACAAGUACUUGGAAGAUUCUGUGUACUUAAAAGAGAGAGGAAUUGCAUCUGUCAUGAAUAAUUUUAAAAGAUCAGUCAGUAGAAUACAGAAUCAGCAUAUUGGUUUAUUUAUUAGCCCUGCCGCUAAAAUCUACACUUUACUAUACUGUAGAUGUAGUCGAUAUGGUAUUCAAAAGGUGUUUAAAACAAUCUAUAGUACCAGGUUCAUUGAAAUAGUUAUACAGUGAACUUGCCAGAAGUUUUUACUGAAUUCAUAUAUACUUAAUUACAUGAAGCAAAUCGGAGAGGAAAGACCUGAAGUUGUGCAAUAUUCUCAGUGGUAAACCAUUGUUCCUUUUUUAUCAUUCCAUGUGUGUUCUUUCUGUGCGUUUUUUACAUAAAACGUAAUGUCCAUGUUGUCAAGUAUUAUAAUCUGAUUUUUUCCUUGUUAAAAUUGGCAAAUGAACAACUUUUAAACAUUUUUUCAUGUUUGGUAUUAGUCUUUAUUUAUUAUAAGACUUGAUUAUGAAAGAUUUGGAAGCAGAAUUGAAGUGACUGGUUAUUGAGCUGAAUGCUUUUCUAGGCACUUUGUAUAUAGUUGAACUUUUAACACUGAUAUACUUACCAUGUUAAGAGAAACUUAAACCUAUGCUUUUAUUAAAAUACUUGUUAAAUAAACUGAUAACAAAAAGGUG